UGGUGUCGAAAAUAACUACCCACAAAAUGUCGUCCUGUCUUCUCUUCGUAGGCAACAAUUUGUAAGCAGAUGUGGUUGCGAAUUUGAGCUAGUGAAUCAUGUAGAAUAAAGGGGAGUGAGGCGAAAAAAAAUCUUGAUCCGUGGAACCUGGGAAGAAUUUUUCUUAAUGUUUUGCAAACAAGAAAGUUCAAAAACCAGUUUGAGAAUCUCCCCACUGUAGUUCAGUUUUUUCUUCUCUGCGUGAAAUCAUAUAGAAGUCAAAUUUUGUGAAAGAAAGUCUUCGCUGUUGAUGUAGAAAUGGUGAAGCAUACAAUGGAUAUCAUUACUGAAGAAGAUGCAGUGCUCACAGAAAAUACCGAUGAUUUCAUCAUUGGCGACCGUGUCUGGGUCAACGGGACAAAGCCAGGGUACAUUCAGUAUCUAGGAGAGACCCGGUUUUCUCCUGGCGACUGGGCUGGCGUUGUUCUGGAUGAUUACUCAGGAAAGAACGACGGAUCUGUGGCAGGCAUCCGGUACUUCCAGUGUGAACCCAAGAGAGGUGUAUUUGCCCGUCUCCACAAACUCACCCGAUAUCCCUUGCUUCAUGCUACACCCCCACCGACCAAACUGGGAGAUGCCCCAACACCCCCUCCCAUUCAGCGUUGCCUUACUCCCACCAGGACCCCUUCCCCGGGUGCUCGGAAUCUCCGAGAAGGAGACAGAGUGACCGUGUCCAGUUCCUCUGGGCCUCCAAAGAGCGGUGUGCUGAAAUAUCUUGGACAGACUGAUUUUGCAGCUGGUGAAUGGGCUGGUAUUGAACUUGAUGAACCUCUUGGUAAAAAUGACGGAACUGUGGCUGGUAAAAGGUACUUCCGGUGUUCUCCAAACUAUGGUCUGUUCGCGCCUGCGCACAAAGUGACGCGAAUAACAGGAAGCCUUGACAGGCAUCGAAGAACUCAUAUUGCGGAUUCAGAUAAAGAACACAAUAAUCAUCACAGUCAACAUAGUUCUACACAAAGUCUCCAAGAAGAACACCGGAAGUAUAUGGAAGAGAGCGAAAAGCGAGCCCAAAGACUCCGGCAACUCUUAGAGGCAGCGGAAGCAGAAAGGCGGGAUCUAGCUGCUAAGCUGGACGAAGAGAGGAGAAAAGUAGAAGAACUAGAAUUUCGAAUUGAAGAAGAAAGUAUAGGAAAAGAUGAUUUGCAGAUGGAACGAGAGAAGGAGCGGCAGAAGAUCGAGGAUCUGGAGCGGAGACUAGAACAGGAGAAGCGCAAAAAUGAAAUGAUUUCCCGAGGAGCCUCUCCUGAUAGCAUACUAAAGGAUGAGACUAAGCGAUUAAACGAAGAAAUCAAAGCCGUGCGUGAUAAACUCAGAGAAUCAGAAACCAAGCUCAAAGAACUGCAGAAUAAAAAACAAACUCCUCCCCCACCUCAGCCCACUCCUCCGAAAACGGAAGAGCUGCGGAAGAAGGAGGAGGCCCUUCUUCAAGCUCAGCUGAGCCUAGACAACAAAAAGAGAGAAAUACAGAAUCUGCUGGACAGAAUAGCUGAGCAGGAGAGAGAGCUGCAGAAAAGUAAAUCUCGUCAAUCGAAACAGCUGGAUACUAUAGACGAUCUUAAUAUAAAGCUUCAAAAAGUGGAAUCGAGGUGUUCCAAUCUGGAAGAAGAAUUACAUUCAUCCAAAGAAAAAAAUGGAGAACUCGAGCGGCGGCUACAAGUGUCCGAAGAGCAUGUGUCCACCCUUGAGGCAGAGAAGAAGCGUCUAGAGAAGCAGCUCCUUUCUCCCGAAUCCACCCCCAAGGAGCAGGCUCUCCUUUCAAGACUCGAGGAAAAAGAAAAGGACGUGCAGAAGUGGCGUAAGGAAGCAGAGAGCUCACGUUCAGAAGCGGACAAGUUCCACGAGGAGCGAGAGAAGAUGCGGAAGGAGAUGGAGGAGAAAGUCCGCCUCCUCACUGAGCAGCAUAGGGAGGAAUGCAGGAAGGAGAAGAAGAAAGCCAUGGAAACCGAAGAGAGGAACACUUCGAAGAUCAGGGAACUGGAAAAUCUCCUCUCAGAAGUCCGAGUCGAGCUGGAAUCGGCCCGGGUGGAGGCAGAGACCCGACUCAAUCGACAAGAGGAGCGCCUCCGGGAGGCUGAGCUCCGGACCGACAGCUUGGAUCAACUGAGAGAACAAAUCAGUCGUCUCCAAGCGGAAAAAGAGCUGCUUAGAGUGGAAAAAGAGGAGACACUGAAGCGUCUUCAGUUCAGUGAGCAGUCCCGCACCCGCUGGGAAUCGGAGGCCAACCGGGCCUCGGAAGAGGUGAACCUUCUCAAAUCUCAAGUGCACCACCUGCGCACGGAGUUCACCACCCACCGGGAAGACCUAAUCAAGAAGCUGGCCGAGACACGGUUCGACGCCGAAGCCGUGCAGGAGCUCCACACGCAGAUUGAGGAACAGCGCCAAGUUCUAGAAGAAAUGCAACACCGCCUCAGAAACACGGAAGGAGAGAGAGACCAGCUCCAGACAGCUCUCAAAAGUACCCAGCAUGGUCAAACUCAGGUGGAGAACGGGUUACGUCAAGAUGUAGAAAAUCUUAAGCGGAGAUUAACACAAGCGGAGUCACAGAAUGAUUCCUUGAAAAGAAGUUAUGAAGCUGCUCAGUUAUUGAUAGAAGAAACUAAAGCUUCGCAAAAGCAACAGAGUCAUAAUGCACAAAAGGUGGACGCAGAAAAAUCUGCUUUGGAAAGCAAGAUCGUGGAUUUACAAGUGGAAUUGGCUGCACUAAAGAAAGGAAACGCACAACCUGAUCAAAAUUAUGAACAGCUGAAAAACGAAAAAGACGCUUUAGAACAACAGGUUACUUUUAUGAACAGUGUGAUUGUGGAUAUGCAACACAAAAACGAUGACCUACGCUCUAGACUUGACAUUUUAGAAACUGAAGUCUUAUUUGAUGGACACCUGCAACUGGCCAUACCACAGCAUCGUUCAAUAUCCCGCCUUUUCUGCGAUAUAUGUAAUAUUUUCGAUAUUCAUGAUACAGAGGAUUGUCCCAAGCAGAGGAACAUUCGACGAACCCCUUCCUAUUCGUCACAAGAAAGUGAAUUUUGAUUCGGGAAAUCAUUUUUAGUGAUGCCGAGCUUCGGAAAAGCAUUUUUUUUUCAUUUCUUUUUGUUAGCUUAGAAUUAUUUUAUUAUGUUUUUUUUUACAAAGUGCCAUACAAUUUAUCUUAGUUACUAAUUUUUUUUAACAAUGCAUGCCUUUUAUAUCAAAAGGGAGCAAUUUUUCGUAGUGUAGUUGAUACAUUCCUUUUAUAUUUUCUCUGAAUUUCAUAGGAUGGCAGCUUUUUCUUAGAUCCAAUCAAACUUAGAGGGAUUUCUCUUGUUUAUGAACUGCUUCUUUUUUUGCUUUUCGAGUAAAACUUUACAAUGCUCCAAAGAGCGAGUUCAAAGUAGAAUACAAAUAUUAGGUCUAGAAAAAGUGAUAUUUUUAUAAAGUUUUUCCACUUUUAUAUAUUCGAUUUCCAUUUUGUUUUUGAAGUAUUAUUCUGUAAUGUUUUAUACAUGAU